AUGGCGUCUGUUUCUGCUACCCGCCCCAAUCGUACUCACCACCGCCUGUUGCCACUCCGCUCCUGGCUCAAGGCUAAUGUGGCAACCCCUCCACAGCCAAUGCGCCAUUCAAUUGUCACUCUGGCAUCAUACAUGACGGUUGGCACAAUUGCUAUUGUGGCCAUCAGUUCUCUGUUCUGCCUCUUUAUGGCUGUCAGUAUGGUGGAUGAUGUUCUAAGGAUAACUGCGCCAGACCGUCUCUGGCUGCUACUAAGAGACCACUGGCUGAGACUAGACUGGACACAUUUGGCAGAUAAGCUUAGUGAACAACUUACCAGUCUGGCAGAGUGGGAACGUCAAAAGCGGGCAGCGUGGUAUCCCUAUGACCACCCAUCCUAUCAUGAUGGUGAUCGAUUUCACGACCUAUUGUUUGCUGCCACGCACUAUCUAAAUGAAUAUGUCCAGAUAAAUACAAAAAAAACCAAAAAAUAA